AAAAAGACCCCCCCCUCAGUUUUUUGUGAUGAAUAAAAAAUUGAAACCAAGCGAAAUCAUUUCAAAAAUUUUCCCCACCACUAAUUUGACCUUUAACCCCAAUGUGGAAUCGCAGGUGUAUCUUUUCUGCUUGGUUACAUUAGUAUCGCAAUUUGCAGAGAUGAGGUUUACAUUUCACAGGGACAGGCUCCUAUUAUUGUUGUGCAAAUAGAAUCAUCCAGCCAUUAUCUGGUCCACUUAGCUUCACGAGGCUCGCAGCCGUGCUGGAGCACUAUCCAACAUCUAUGGGACGAUCUGAAGAGGGCUGUGUUUUUGUAAAGUGGCCAUACUGAUAGACUCCUACUCAAGAGACUGAGUGCGCCAACAAAGUAUUAGUUUGAAUUUAAUUAUGAAACCAGACAAUGUAAAUUUUUGUUGUUGUUUUUCUAAUUACUCUCCUUAAAGGAGUUUCUUUUUAAGUUGUGCGGUUUAUACAGUAGGUCCGAUUAAUGGUGGUAAAACUUUGAAAUUAAUUAUCUUAGUCUCAUCUUUUAUAACAAAACCUGGCAUUUGAACAGGGGUGUGUAGACUUUUUAUGGCCAUUGUGUCUGUACUUUCUUCUCCUUACUUUGUCAACAUAGUCCUGUACUUUAUUUUACUGAAGUAAAAGCAUCUAAUCAGUACUCCUACUUUCGUACAGAGAGUGUAGCUACUUUUGUUACCUCUGCAACCAAAGCAACCGAUGCUGGCACCCUCAUAAAAGAAUCUUGAGUAUGUGUGGAGCCACUAUUGCGUCAAGUCAUCUCACAACUGUCCACGCCUCCGCCGGCUCAAACGACGCGUCACCAAAACGCGGCGUUUCUUUGUGCAAGGAGCACGCAUGUGCAUGACUGGACUGAUGAAGAUGGAGCUGUCGUGUGAAUCUGCUUAUACCGCGGAUAGGAGACCAAUCAGUUGCAAGUUCGUGGAGCUCCAUGUUCUCUAUGUGCCGGACGACCAGUGGAAUGUGAAGCUGAACAAAGUUCCUGCAGAAGCCACGGAGAGUUUCAUAUCGGCAGGCUUCAUCAGAGUUUACCCUGAGGUCACCCUGAAAGCUCUGAGGAGUGAACUGGGGGAGCUUCUGGGCACAGAGAGGAGCUUGGACAAAUUCUCCUUCCUGAAGUGUGUGGGCCGCAGCUUGGCUCUGGUCAAAAGCAAGCAGGAGAAGGAUUUGAAAGCGAAAACAUUCGCCCCACCGUAUACUGCCCAGCCGGAGCUUUACCUGCUGCCCUCAGUGGAGAACGAGAGCAGCCUUUCCUCCAAUUUGCUCAGCCCAGACACCAGCAGCAGUUCCUUGGACCCACCAACCUACUACCCCCUCAAGACAUGGAGCUCGCCAGCCGAGACGAAAGAGCCUUUGAAGUUCCCCCACAUCGCCCAGUCUUCCCACCAGCUUGUUCCCACCUCGAGCUUGGAGGAGGAGGAGGAGGACGAUGAGGAAGAGCAGGGUUACAGCUCCUCAGUGGGAGGACACGGUGGAGAAGAGGAGCAGCGUCUCUCUGGCAGUAAAAUCGAGAGGCACGAGAGAGAGGAGCAUGACCAGAGAAAGUCCAACAAUCAAGCUCGUAAUAAAGGCGCCUUGGCUCAGGUGCAGGAGCAUCCUCGGGAGAAUGAAACAACAUGCAGAAAGAAGAAACAUUACCUGCAAGGAAGCAGAGUGGCCAAAGAUUCCGGAGCUGUGGAGUGGAUGGAGGAUGAAGAAUCAGACAGGCAGCUCGGGAAAUCACGCGAUGUGCACACAUUUCAGUCUCUCGGGAUGAAAACAAUGAAUGGGGUGACAGAGAGCCCCGUUGUGUUAUCCCGACCCAUCCGCUGCACCUCUCCCCCUCCUGGUCUCGACCUUACCAUGACAACCCACAAGCCCGUUGUUUCCGCCUUCAUCCCGACUAAUAGAGAAGAGCUCAUCGAGGAAAUCAAGCUGGUGAAGGAGGAAAGGAAGCAAUUAGAGUGGAAAAGGCAGGAGUUGCUAAGGAAAGGGAAAGAUUUGUUGGCCCAGAACAGACACCGCAGGAACCAAGCCCGUGACAGCUGGAAAAAAAAGUACUUUGAUACCAAGAAGGCCACCGCACCUUUGGAAGACGCACUGAGGAAUGUGCGGCAAGAACUGGAGACAUUCUAUAACAAACUCCUGCAACAACUCCACGCUAGAGAUAACAGAAGCAAGCCGCAAAAGCAAGGAAGAGUCUCUGAAAAGAAUGAGCUCAUCAUUCAGAUCCUGACAGAGAGCCACGCCAUCGACAACCUGAAGAGGAAGGUGGAAGACGCCAAGAUGAAGUUGCUGAUGGAGAUAAAGCUGAGGAAACAGGCUGCCACUGAACUGAGGGCACUGAAGGCGGAGCUGGCCCAGAAGAAGAGUCAGUCAGUCCAUCAGGUGCCGGUGGCAUCUCUGAGCUUUGUGAGCGACACGCGAGACAAAGCAAAUAUCCAAAACAACUCCAACUGAGAAGGCCCUGAGAUACAAAUGACCUGACCAGUUUCUCGAGAUACGAGCUGUCGUUCUGGUGAUUUUAUUAAUGUGAUUAUUUUUGGGGGGCUUUGGGUUGCGAGCAAAAAUUUAAGAUGGAAACAUUGACCAAUUUCUCAGAAAAAGAGCCUUUGCAUUAUUGAAUGCCACUACCGGCUGAUGUUUACUGUCAAAGUUAACAUUAAAGUCGAGAAUUACACGUUUAAAACAACUACAUAGCCUUUGCCUUACAACAGUUGAUUUGGCUUGAUGCUGACAAACAAUACAAAACGACAUAGAUUGGUGAACGAGUUCCAUUGGUGUUGCAUUGUUGUAACCCUUUAAGCAGCGGAUAUUUGAACACAAGCUGUGCAUCAACACAUGUAGACAGGCAAUUUAAAAAUAUGCAUAUGUACAUUAUCCUAAGCAAAAAAAAAAAGAAAGACUAGCAUUAGUGCAGUUUACUUUGUCAGUUGUGCCAUGUUUCUGUAGUAUCCUGGCCCCAAAGUGGGCACGGCAUGCAGACCAACGAAUCCAAGCUAUAAUCAUGAUACACAAACUGUUUCAUUGUUUACAUUCAUUUAAUGUUCUUAUUAGUUUGUUUUUUUAAAUGAAGUAUAGAGUGCUAUUUUUCUUAUUCAAAUUUCUUAUUCACAUUGUCCUGAUCCGUUCCCUAACUCCACUCGUCAUUUUCUUCCCCCCCACCAAUUUGCAUCCUUUUGUAACACUUACUUUUGUGGGGUUUUUAAAAUAUCUGUCUAAUGAAGAAACAGUCAUUAUAAGCCAUGUAUCUCCUGUUUUUUUUUUCUUCUUGCAGCUCAUAUUCUGAUGCAAAUAACAAGCUCGUUUUCACUGUGUUCGCUACACUGACAUCAACAUUAUCUCUCAACUCGGGAUUUGAGCCAACCAAUUUUCACACGCAUGCAUCAAAUCAAAGAGAUAAACUUCUGCAAAAUUAGAACUUUAUUGUCGAUUGUCAAAUUGCGGUACUACAGAGCAACAUCAGCUUUCUCAAAAUCCCAAUCAGGGUAAUUGAGUUCAUGACAAAAAAAA